UACGUAAAAACGAGAUACCUACAUUAAGCGAGCGUGAUUGUCCACUCGUGUUUAGUAUAUUUGUAUAAGUAGAAGCAUUUGAGUGUACAAAUGUAGUGAUUUAUGUUUGUAAUAAAUGCGUCAUGCUAAGUGCCAAAAAUUCCCAAAAAAAUUUACCUGUGUAGACUUCUCCUAUAUUUAAUUCAGUGAUAUUAUUUUUUAAACAUCCUAAGACAUGGAACAUGGUAACAGAAAAGUGCAGUACAUAGUGACACUGGCAGUUUCUCUGGCGGCGGUGACUACCGGUGUGUGUCUUACUUGGACAACUGCAGUCAUACCAAAGUUCUACAAUAAUGAAACUAAUAUUCAUAUCACGGACGCGGGUAUAUCAUGGAUGGCAGCUAUAUCCUCGCCAGGUUUUGUAGUUGGCAGCGUAGCAUCUCGAUUUGUCUCUGACAAGUUCGGCAGGCGAGCUACUUUGCUGAGUAGUGCAUUACCUGUUACUGUCGGCUCAAUAGCCACUUUAUCCGGAUCACACAUAUGGAUUCUAUGUGCUGCAAGAUUUUUGUGGGGUAUCGGUACUGGUAUGAUUAGCACUGUAUCAUCCAUUUAUCUGGCGGAGAUAGCCGACAAGGACAUCCGCGGCUCUUUAAUCGUCGCCAACAGAUUCUUCGUCAAUUUUGGAAUCUUUCUAGUUCUGGUCAUUGGCCCCUUUGUCUCGUACAAUACAAUAAACUACAUGAUAUUAGCAUUACCUAUCUGCUACUUCGUAAGUUGCUGGCUGAUCCCAGAAACGCCCUAUUACUAUUUAAAGGAGGAAAAAGUUGAUAAAGCCAGACAUGUAUUGAAGAAACUCAGAGGAAUAAAGAAUGAGAAGGUUUUGGAAGACGAGCUAUCAACAAUGCGUUCAAAUGUAGGCAAGGAUAUGCGCCGGUCGGGUACCGUUAAGGAACUGUUUUCUGGCAAGCAGUAUCGGAAAGCUCUCUUUAUAAUUGCUGGAUUAAAAAUAGGACAAAUGAUGACUGGAUGUAUCGUGAUUCAACACUACUUAGGCCGAAUAAUGCAAGACAGUCGUUCAAAUAUGAAUUUGGCGACGGUAUUCGUUGUGUUUGGUGCCUUAAGAUUUACAGUUGGUGUAAUGUCAUCAGUGAUAGCUGAUAAGGUGGGUCGUCGUACGCUAUUCAUCUACUCAUUCUUGGGGACAGGAUUAUCAUUAAGCCUAAUCGCUGCAUACUUUUGCUGUCAGGAGGUCAUAAAAAUAGAACAAAGUCAACUCGCCUCUUAUGCAAUCGUCGUUUUCAUUGGAAUCAUUCUUUCUAACAUUAUUUCCACUUUAGGUUACAACUCCAUUAUUUACGCGGUACAAGGCGAGAUAUUCCCAUUGAACGUCAAAUCCCUUGCAAUGACCUGUUUGAAUAUAUUUGGAGGGACACUUAAUUUUUUAGUCACCAAAACCUAUCAAACGCUCAAGGAUGUUUCUGGAACAUUUGGUGUGUUUUUAUUAUUUACAAUUAUGUCUUUUGGUAGUUUUGUAUUUGUGUACUUCUUCGUCCCCGAGACUAAAGGGAAGAGUUUGAGUGAAAUACAAAAGAUACUACAAGGAAAGUACUAUGACGAUGAUAGUAUACAAGUGAACAAAAACUUGAACGAUGUUAAAGAUGGUACAGAGUUGAAGUUGUUGGAAAAUAAAGACAGAUAGUGGGCUAUGUAGACAGAUAUAUACUUACGAUAUAUGAUGUAUAUUUAUUUGUUAGGACUCCUGCUAAGUAAAGCAAAUAUUACCUAUUGUGGUAAGUUAUCAGUGAAUUUACAGGGCAUAGAGGAAUAACACCUGAGUUCUCAGGAAUAGCAACGCAUGGGGAGUAUCAUGGGCGAAACAGUAUAUACAGUAUACUCUGUGAUGUCCGUGAUACUGCUCAUUUAUAGGGCGACGGUUAUCACUUUCCAUCAGGUGGGCCGUCGGCUUGUUUGGCAUUGUAAGUAGCAUAAGAAGAAUAAAAUUCCUUUUAGACGAUAUCAUCCAAAAAAUGUAAAUAUAUUUUGAUAUCACUAAGUGAAGAUAAAUUUAAAUUAUUGCUUAUUUGCUAUUAUAAAUAUUUAAAUAAUUGGUCUAUUUAUUUAAAAACUAUACCAUAGACACACAGUCGGGGUUUAAUAAAUGGAUUGUACAUCAAUAUUACUCUAAUAUGUUGGUUGUGAGGAUUAUGGCACUUUCAGAAAAUUAUUAUUCAGGUAGCAGAAAUAUACUCUUUAUUGUUCUUUACAAAGGUACAGAAUACAGUAAAAUAUUUAGCUGAAACAAAAAUUGCAAGGAAACGAUCACACGGGGAUCGUGCGAUCUUAUCGGCAAAAGCGAUCUCUUUCAAGAGUUUCCAGGCAAUCUUUGAAUAGAGAGGAGUAAUUAUAAAGUUUCCUGAGAAGUCUAAGUUAGUAUAUUAAUAAAUUUGUUUAAAACUUUAAGAUUGCAAUUUCACAUAAUGUAUAGCAACUAUUAUUGUAAUCAUUGUGGUAAUAGAACAUUAGGCACUUUUAACAUUUAAUGUACUUCAUUUUAAACAUUCCAAAUACGUCUUGUAUGAGAUAGAUAUAAAUCCAGCAUUAAAAAAAACAUAAUAAACAUAGUAACUAUGACAGAUUGAUUCGUAUACAAAUGGAUUAUAAAAAAAAUGGUACUUGAUGUAAAAAUUUAUAAGAACAUUAGAAGAUAAAGAUAUAACGAGAGUUGUUAGGUAAUGUGGAUAAGUUAGACAAUUUGAAACUGUGAUCUCAUCUCAGAUAAUUAUGUACACUACUAGGACAAUUUUGACUUGUAAGAGAAAUAAAUAUUGUCAAAAUAA